AUGGUUUCCACAGAGAGCAAUAACGCCAUCACGGGGAACAGGGGAUUUCCGUCGCCUACAAUGAAUUGCAGCGUCCCUACCAACAACGGCCAGAUUAUUGGAAGCAUACAGGGUAACCAAACCAACAAUUUCUAUUACGAGACCUCAUCCCAACAGAGAGAGAUAUACCACCAGCUCUUCCGGCUCGCAAAUAACUCUACGGAUGGCUCAUAUGAGUGGUACAAAGAUCGCAUUGAAGAGAGAGUAGAAGGCACCUGCAACUGGCUCUUGGAUCAAGCAGCCUUCAAAGACUGGACACGUCGGGAUUCAGGACUCUUAAUGAUCACCGCUGAUCCAGGGUGUGGAAAGUCUGUUCUGGCUAAAUAUCUGAUAGACGAUAAAUUGCCUGAGUUAUCAUCGGCGACUAUUUGCUAUUUCUUCUUCAAAGACCAGGACCAGAAUACCCUGAAUCAGGCAACCUGCGCACUACUACACCAACUCUUCUCCCAUAAGCCACUCUUGAUUCGACACGCUAUGCCUGAAUAUUCAAAGAACGGACCUGAUCUAGUGAAUAUUACUUCCUCACUCUGGAACGUCUUGGUAGCAGCUGGAAGGGAUCCUGAGGCAGGCCCUGUUAUUUUCAUUUUGGAUGCGCUGGACGAAUGCAGGGGCUCAGACCUUCGUAAUUUGCUCCAGAGGUUGAAAAAUCAGUUUACCCAGAACGGCGGGUUUGGGAUGGUAAGAUUUAUUGCGACCAGUCGGCCAUAUAGCCAUAUAAUGUCCGAGUAUCGCGGGGUUGCCGAUGCAUUUCCUUGCAUCCACAUACCGGGCGAAGAGGAAUCCGAUGCCAUCAGCGAAGAGAUUAACCAUGUAAUCAGACACCGGGUCAACCAGUUAGGAAAGAAAAGGGAGCUACGAUCUGAGAUUAAAUGUCACCUUGAAAAUAGAUUACUCACCAACCCCCAUCGCACUUACCUUUGGGUGUACCUCGUCUUUGACUACUUGGAGACGCAGGACUUCAAGAGGACCAAGAAAGGAAUCGAGUUUCCAAUUGACACGCUUCCAAAUAGCGUCAACCAAGUAUAUGAAAAUAUUCUCAGCAAAUCAAAAUAUAGAGAUAUAGUUCGAAAGGCUUUAUGCAUAAUCUUAGGGGCAUGUCGGCCACUCACAGUGGGGGAGAUGAAUAUGGCUAUGAAUGUCAACAGCACAUCCGACUCCCUGGAGAACCUUGACCUCGAGGAUGAUGAAGAUUUCGAAAAAUCUUUAAGAAACUGGUGCGGUUUAUUCAUAUCCAUCUACGACCAUCAAGUUUACUUUCUUCACCAAACUGCGAGGGAGUUUCUCCUAAAAAAGAAUAUUUCCCUUGGGCAUGACUCGGUAACCAAGUGGGCUGGCUCAAUGAGUGACCAGGAAGCACAUUCCGUUCUCGCAUUGAUCUGCAUUGUUUAUCUCAAUGCUGCUGGAGUCAUUAAUAACAGCAAGCUCCUACAUUAUUCGGCAGCUAACUGGGUUUUCCACUUCAAUCACGCAGAUGUAGGAACGCAGGAAAAAUUAGAUUACAUGGCGUUAGAAAUAUGCGAUCCUGCAACGAAAAAAUACCUAUACUGGAUUGAUAUUUAUCGGCAGGCUACACACUGCACAUACUACCCCAGAUUUAUCCAUUGUAUAUGCCUUGUGUCAUGUAUUGGACUCACGAGAAUAGUCAAACAGUUCCUCGACUCGGGCAAGGUCAACGUCAAUUCAAAAGAAGGAGAUGGUUCAACAUCACUCUCGCUUGCUGCAGCAUAUGGACAUGAUAUGAUUGUUAAACUGCUGCUUGACUCGGACGGAGUCGACGUCAAUUCAAAAACUAAAAUUGGCUGGACACCACUCUUCUAUGCUACUAAAGAUAAUCACGAUAAAAUUGUUAAGCUACUACUUAACUCAGACAAAAUCGACGUUAAUUCAAAAGAUAAUUAUGGCUGGACACCACUCUUCUACGAUAAUCACUAUGAGUGUGAUGAAAUUGUUAAGCUGCUGCUUGGCUUAAACAGGGUCAACGUUAAUUCAAAAGAUAAUCAUGGCUGGACACCACUCUUCUAUGCUGCCAAAGAUAAUCAUGAUAAAAUUGUUAAGCUGCUGCUUAGCUCGGAUAAAAUCGACGUCAAUAUAAGAGAUAAUAAUGGCUGGACACCGCUCUGCUACGCUAUCCACCAUGGGCGUGAUGAAAUUGUUAAGCUGCUGCUCGGCUUCCACCUAGUCCGACGAUAA